UGAUACCCCAAGCCCCCACAUAACCCUUCCUCUCAGUCUCUCUCUCUUUACAUAUCAAAGUUUUAAAUAUAUAGUAUAAACCAACACUACUUCACUAUUUUUCUAGAAAGUCUUGAAAACGAAAGAAAAAAAGGAAAAUUUCUUUUGACGAAAUGGGUGAAAGAGAUGAUGGGUUGGGUCUGAGUCUAAGCUUGGGAUUUAGUCAGCAAAAGGAACCAUCUCUGAGGUUGAAUCCAAUGACUUUCACAUCUUCUUCUUCGUUUCUUCACAUGCGCAAUCACAAUAAUAGCAAUCUCCAGAAGAACAUCCAUCACAUCUCUUGGCCUCAUCUGUUUCAAUCUUCUGAGAGAAACUCCGACGCCAGAUCUUUUCUAAGAGGUUUCGACGUAAACAGAGCUCCGUCUGCAGUGGCGGUGGCGUUGGCUGACUUAGAUGAAAACGCCGCCGGCGUGUCAUCGCCGAACAGCACCGUCUCGAGUGUGAGUGGGAACAAGAGAGAUCUUGCGGCGGCGAGAGUAGGAGGAGAUGAGAACGAGGCGGAAAGAGCUUCUUGCUCCCACGGCGGCGGAAGCGGUGGAAGCGACGAUGAAGACUGUGGAAACGGCGACGGUUCGAGGAAGAAACUCCGGUUAUCGAAGGAACAAGCUCUGGUUCUCGAAGAUACUUUCAAAGAACAUACCACUCUAAAUCCGAAACAAAAGCUGGCCCUAGCGAAACAGUUGAAUCUGAGGACAAGGCAAGUCGAAGUGUGGUUCCAAAACCGAAGGGCAAGGACGAAGCUGAAACAAACGGAGGUUGAUUGUGAGUAUUUGAAGAGAUGCUGCGAGAAUCUAACGGAGGAGAAUCGACGGUUGCAUAAGGAAGUAUCUGAGCUCAGGGCGUUGAAGCUGUCUCCACAUCUCUACAUGCACAUGACUCCUCCAACCACUCUUACCAUGUGUCCUUCUUGCGAACGUGUCUCGGCUUCCUCCUCCUCCUCCGUCGCAGGUGCUGCUCCUCUUCCUCCUCUGUCCUCUACCUCCGCCGCAUCUGGUGGUGGUGGGCGGAUUCCUGCGGUGGUGGGACGUCCAAGUCCACAACGACCAACUCCCUGGGCAGCUAUUUCUCUCCAGUCAAGAUUAGCGUAGUUUUAGUUAGUAUAAAUAUAUUUAUAAAGAUUGAAUUAAAUUAGUUAUUUGAAUCACUUGAAGCUUGUAUGCGAGAUUAAUUUCACUUAACUAGACAUGAAAAAGACGCCAUCUGGAUCUUAAGCUCUUAGUACACUGUAAAUAGUUUAUUUGACAAACUGCAAAACAGCAACGAGCUGGUUAUAGAGUUGAUGUCCUUUAAAUUCCAAUUUUUAUUUCUUUCUG